AUGUUACCUGUUGGAAAGUCGGACAAACAGACCGAAACAGGAAUGAAGGAGGAAAGUAUUUCUGCUGGCCUUAUUGGUGCUGUAAUAGCCUCCUUGUUUCUUCUUAUUGCUCCGUUACUUUGGGUUGUCCUCCUGACUGCUAAAAGAUUCAAGCAGAUUCCUGAACGAUGUAUAAAACCUGAGGGGUUACUGUCUGGAGCAAACCUUCGGUACGAGUGUCCCUCUGGUCACACAGGGAAAGCAACGCAACAAGACACACCUUUAGAGACCAGUUUAACCGAAGAUACAAGAGGGCAGAACUCACUGAACCAUGAGAGUGAGCUGCAUCCAGCUUCUAUCGUGAUUAAUGUCACCACCAACAUCAAGCCCUGCAGUCAGAAACAAGAUAACAUCAUGCAGGACGGACAAACAGGCUUUAAUACAGAGGAGAUGGAGCAAAAACUGCAGAGAAUAUGGGAGAUUGCCCAAGGUCAGAGUAUUGAGAUACUGAACUAUGACACCAUUCAGGAUUUGUCCCUGCUGCUCGACUCUCCUAACCACCUUUACAUUUUAAGGAAGCUGGGGCUGUCUUUGGGUGUGCCCCCUCAGCUCACUGCUCAUUUUCACAGUUUCCAGGACCUUUUUCAGUAUCUCCGUACCUCCACCUACACUCAGCUUCCUCAACUGGCCCAGGCCGCUGCACUCCUUCCUAAUUUUGAAGUUGUUUCAAGGAUAUACAGAGCUCUGGUGAACAAGUGAUUGCUUACACCCUGAGGAUGUGUUCCCAUGACUUGAACUAUACCCUGAUCUGCUUUAGAUGAUGAACCAGUCACCUGAUCACAGUGUAUACCUGUACCUACUCCUGGAGCAAAAGGACAAUAGAAAAUACCGGAAAAAAUAGUCUCCGAGUGAAAUGUGAUAUUAAUGAAUGUAAAUUGAUCAUUCAUAAGAGGUUUGACUACACUAACUUCCUUUGUAAAUAAAUGCUGAAAAUCUUAAGACACUAAACUACAAAUGACAUAUAAGUAUCAGAAUGCAGUAGUACAAAAGAAACAGAUUUCAGACUUUGUGUGUUUUGUCAACAAUUUAUAUUAUAUCCAUUUUAAUUCAGUCACAGCUCUAAGCAAGGGUUUUUGCCUGUUUACAAAGUAAACAGGGUUAGCAGCCCUCUGGCUAAAGCAUGUGAGACAAAGCCGGACAGAGAAUACUGUGUUCACGGUAAAAGAGAAUAACUUGAGCUCUGAAACCAUUUUCAAAUCCUCUUAUUGGGAGAUGCCUGUGAAUUGAUCAUCUCUAGAAAUUAUUUGGCACAUUAAAUCUGGUAAGCGUUUAAAUUAUUCUAUUCUUUCUUGUCAAACUUAUGUUGAAAACUGUUUAUUCAUUUUUUUUGUUAUAAUAAUAAAAGUGUUCUUAAUUUAUA